UUAAACAAGAUGGAGGAUGCUGUGUGUAAAAUAGCUCUUUACGGGCAAAUAAACGAUGUCAACUUUAUCAAGGCGAAGUCUUGCAUAGAGGAUUUGCACAAAAGGAGGCCAGAAAAGUUCCCAGAUCCCGUCAUCCAUGGGAUGUUGCAAUUUGACUGGGACAUCUUCAUAGAAAACAAAAGGAAGGAGCUGAGAGGUGAAGCCUGGGCCUUUGACGAAAAAGCAAUUGCUUUUGUGAAUGGCACGCUUAUCGGAGGACCUGAUGAUCUGAUUGGUUGGGCGGAGGAUAACCACAAUUUUGAGGAGUACAGACCCGAGCCUUUAUACUUCACACUCACAGAGGAAGCCUACAAGAACAAAUUGAAUUCCCAAAAGCAUGAUCAUGUGUUCAUGGAUAUUGCAAUCAACGGUGAAUUCAUUGGAGGUUUGGUGAUUGAGCUUUACUCAGAUAUUGUGCCAAGGACGUGUGCCAACUUCUUACAGUUGUGCACAGGGGAAGCAGAAAAACCAGAAGAUGAUGGCUGCAAGUCGUACAAGGACACAAUUUUUCACCGUAUUGUGAAGAAUGGCUGGAUCCAGGGGGGAGACACAUACCAUGGCCGUGGCAAUGGAGGAGAGUCAGUUUAUGGGAAAGUGUUUGAAGAUGAAAACUUCGUCAUGCAGCACAACGAGCGAGGAAUUGUGGGAAUGGCCAACCAGGGUCGACACACCAACGGAUCCCAGUUCUACAUCACACUGCAGCCUUGUCCGUGGAUGAACACGAAAUAUGUGGCUUUUGGGAAAGUUAUUGAAGGUACAGAGGUCUUGAAAAAGAUGGAAGAACAAGACACAAUGAACGAGAGGCCAAAUGCUGAAAUCAAAAUCAUCAAAUGUGGGGUCAUCAAAUAUGAAUUUUAAAAUGUCGUACAUAUAUACACAUUUACUUCAACUGUAUCUACCAUGACACGCCAAUGUUAUAAAAUUUUAACAAAAGAGAUCUUUGCUCAUGGUUGUAGCUUUAUUUCUAUUUCCAGGACUGAAUUGUCUUUUUUGAAAGAAGUAUUUAUUACUAUACUUUAAAAUGAUGUGUUUGUAUUAUUACUAUUACAAGAGUUCUAUGUUUUCAUAGAAUUCCUUACAUAUUUUACCAUGUCUUGUCGAAGAGCCAAAGUUAGUUUACAGAUAUGUUUACUUCUUCAGGGAAUCAGCUAAAAGUAAAGAGAAAACUAUGCCAAAAAUUCA